CACCACAACCCCAGAGUCGUCCGCGACUGGACUUAAUGGUCAGGGGUCCCUUUACCUUUAUUAGCUUUUGCAGAGGCAUCAAGCAGCUAGGUAUCUGCAGAGGUGCCAAAUACCUUAAGGCUGUUGCAUCUUCCAUGGCAGUUGCUGAUUUUUGUAGAAACAGAUUAACAAUUAACCUGUCUCCACACCAGAUCUUGAUGCAUCAACCAAGGACCGCUGAAUAUUUUUCACAGCGCUGUAAACACCAGGUAGACUCCUACUUGCAACCGCUGUAGAAAGCAUCAGUGUAAUAUGUAGAACUGCAUGAACGAUUGUGUGUUCCCAGGAAUAUGGCAGAGUGGCUCCUUUCAUGAAAGCCUUGCUUUCCAUUUGCUUUACCGUAUUUUUAAUAAAGGCUUCAAUCCUCCAUGCAGCAACAGAUUAUUUCACUGGAACCUAAGUGCCUGUUUUGAAUUAGAAUUUCAGCUAAAACCUCUAGGCUUUCAUAGUGUCAGGGAUUAAUACAACCCCUUUGAAGAGAUCAAAAGAGAGAAUUGGUGUCUCUUGAACAGAGCAUAGUCUCUUACUGGUGGUGCCUUAUGUGCCACAGCCCCUAGCCUCACCUACACCUUCCUCUAAUCACCCGAAAUAUUCUGUGAAAAUGCAGAUAUUCUAGCCAGAUACCAAAGUAAGUCUCUGAGCACAGGUUGCGCAUAGUCAACAUCACAAAAUUCUAGGUAGUUGUGUUGGUGCACCAGGGAGAAAAAAAUAAGAAGUUACAAUAAGCUAUUGGUUUUUAUUAGUACCUCCAAAAUUUGACAAGAUAGUGAGCAAGCUUUCAAGUUCUCCAGAACUCUUCUGGGCACGAUGUUGGAAGUCCCAAAGUAUGCAGUUCUCACGAAUGUUAUUCUUUAUAUAUUUAACAAAACAGUCGGUGUAGAUAAAGCUGGGUGAUGUUUUCUGUCCCUCAGGGAAGGGGAACUUUUUUCAACUUGAGGGGUCUCCCUCGCUCCUGGGCAACCAGUGGUGGCCAGAUGCAAAAGUAGUGGAGCAAUGCAGGUGGAUGUUACUUUAAUAUACUAGUAGGCUACAUACAGAACAUUGGUGGCUCUGUGGCCUAAACCACAGAGCCUAGCCCUAAGGCUUGCCGAUCAGAAGGUUGGUGGAUCAAAUCCCCGCAACGGGGUGAGCUCCCGUUGUUCGGUCCCUGCUUCUACCCACCUAGCAGUUCGAAAGCACAUCAAAGUCAAGUAGAUAAAUAGGCGGGAAGGUAAACAGCAUUUUCCGUGCGCUGCUUUGGUUCACCAGAAGCGGCUUUGUCAUGCUGGCCACAUGACCCGGAAGCUGUCUGCGGACAAAUGCCGGUUCCCUCGGCCAGUAAAGCGAGAUGAGUGCCGCAACCCCAGAGUCGUCCGUGACUGGACCUAAUGGUCAGGGGUACCUUUACCUUUACCUUUUACAUUCCACCCAUGCAGAUGCAAGAGGCUUCUGCAUGCACCCACAUCUCUUCAACCCUGGUUCAUAUUCCAGUCACAUGCAACCACUUAAGGAGGUCGUGAAGCAGACUCAGUAAUAGAAUAGAAUAAUAGAAUAGAAUAAUAAUUUAUUGGCCAAGUACUAAUAUACAGUACAGUACAGUACUUGGAAUUUUGUUUCGGCUACAUUGCAAUGUAAAAGUACUUUAUAAAAAGUGUGCAGAACACUAUUUCAAGAUCACCAGCAGAGUGACUUCAGAACAGGUUGAGGUGGUUGUCAGUGCCUCUGGCGCCAACUGAAUGGAACUACCGGUAGUUGAUAAUGCUUGACUUUCGAACCUACUAUAAAAUUGAUUCAGGGCUGUGGUUUGGCUGUGGCUGGGAGAGAGUCCCAAGCACUAGACUGGGCCCCUGGGUUUUCGGUUCCUCACUCCUUUCCUACCUUUUUCACUUGCUGCUUACAGGUUGAGUGUGGAUCCUAAUCCUGGUUUAUAUACCCUGGUUGGCCACUGUGACAACAGGAUGCUGGACUGGAUGGCUUGAUCUGGCAGGUUGUUCUUAUGCUUAGCGAUUUGUAUGUACCAGGAUGGUGCAGCUUCGGAAUAAGUAACGCUGAACAACAUAAUGUUGUAUUCCUGUGCAUGUGGCGUUACUGUUUCUUGUGACACAGAAUAAGCUUAAUUCUAUUUAGUCUCAUGAGAAUAAUUGAACUCCCUCUUCCUCUGUCCCUCUCAUUCAUUUAAUAUGAGACUGGUGUGAAAACAGAUCCCAGUCAGGGUUGCCAACCAAUCUGGGAAGUUGGGAGAGUCUCUAGAAUUGAUCUUUUAAAAUGCUUAUCUGCUGUGUUGUUGCUCAACUGUAGCCUGACUUCUGGUGCGUUCUCUUUUCUGCUUCUAGUCAGAGAAAAUCGACCUGAAAGAUGUUUAGGGGCCAAGCGGUUAAAGAGGAAAAUGAGAAGAUUUUUGAGACCUGGACAUGACCCAAUAAGAGAGAGGCUCAAGCGUGACCUUUUCCAAUUUAACAAGACUGUUGAACAUGGCUUCCCGCACCAGCCCAGCGCACUGGGCUACAGCUCUUUCCUCCAUCUCAUGGCUAUCGGGACCCGAUCAGGAGCCAUCAAAGUCUAUGGCGCUCCAGGGGUUGAGUUCAUGGGCUUGCACGAAGAGACCAACACUGUCAUGCAAAUACAUUUCAUUCCUGGCCAGUGCCGCUUGUUGACAUUGCUAGAUGAUAACAGCCUGCAUUUAUGGACCCUGAAACAGUCCCACAGCAAUAUGUCUGAGCUGCAGGAAGAAAGACAUUUCACACUCCGAGGACCUCCUGGUUCCCCUCCAAGUGCUACCCAGGUAACAGCAAUCCUCGCACACUCCUCGCAGGAACUUCUUUAUCUUGGCACUGAGAGUGGCAAUGUCUUUGUGGUGGAGAUCCCAUCUUUCAGAGUGCUAGAAGACCGGACCAUCAGUCCAGAUGUUGUGCUGCAACGUGUGCCAGAGGAGUACCUCAACAGAAGGUCCCUUGAAUUGGUGGAAGCCAUACGGGAACAUCCCCAGAACCCCAAUCAGAUAUUGAUUGGCUACAGCAAGGGCCUCAUUGUCCUCUGGGACUUGAUAAAUAACAAAGCGACACACCAUUUCCUUGGCAAUCAGCAACUGGAAAACCUCUUCUGGCAGAGGAACGGCCGCCAUAUCAUCAGCUGCCAUUAUGACGGGAGUUAUGCCCAGUGGCCUGUCUCAAGUGAUGAUAGGCAGCCAGAGCCCAUAGAAAGCAAAGUGCCUUACGGUCCUUUUCCUUGCAAGGCCAUCUGCAAGAUUUACUGGCAAACAACGAAGAACGGGCUUCCUUACAUUAUAUUUCAAGGAGGGAUGCCACGGGCCAGCUAUGGUGACAGGCAUAGCAUUUCUGUCGUUUAUGGCAAUCAGCAAACUGCCUUUGACUUUACAUCGCGGGUGAUAGACUUCUUUGUUAUUGCCAACGCAGAUCCACUUGCAGAAUUUGAUGACCCAUCUGCCAUGGUGGUGCUAGCAGAGGAAGAGCUAGUAGUCAUAGACUUGAUGUCUCCAGGCUGGCCAUCGGUGCAACCCCCGUACCUGGCAUCUCUUCACUGUUCAGCCAUCACAUGUUCCCAUCAUGUCUCCAACAUCCCUCUCAAGUUAUGGGAAAGGAUCAUCAGUGCCGGGAGUAAACAGAACUCCCAGUUCUCUAAUAUGCAAUGGCCAAUUAAUGGAGGCACCAGCAAGGCUCCAGAUCCUCCCCAGAGAGACUUGCUGCUUACUGGGCAUGAGGAUGGCACAGUACGAUUCUGGAACGCGUCCGGCGUUUGUCUGAACCUCCUGUAUAAACUGAGCACGGUGAGGGUGUUCCUCACGGAUGCUGAUCCCAAUGAGAAUCUGAACCAGAUGGGGGAGGAUGAAUGGCCUCCGCUGCGCAAGGUUGGCUCCUUUGACCCUUACAGCGAUGACCCCAGACUUGGGAUCCAGAAGAUCUUCUUGUGCAAAUACAGUAGCUACUUGGCCGUGGCAGGAACAGCAGGGCAGGUACUCGUAAUGGAGCUAAAUGACGAGGAAGCAGAGCAGGUGGUUGACCAUUCAGAGGCGGACCUCCUCCAAGAUCAGGAAGGCUAUAGGUGGAAAGGUCACGAGCGGCUCAAAACUAAAGAUGGGCCUGUUCGGUUUGAGCCAGGCUUCCAGCCCUUUGUCUUGGUCCAGUGUCAGCCGCCAGCUGUGGUCACUUCGCUGGCCCUUCACUCGGAAUGGAAACUCGUAGCCUUUGGCACAAGCCACGGUUUUGGGCUCUUUGAUCAUCAGCAGAAGCGGCUGGUCUUUGUCAAGUGUACCCUGCAUCCCAGUGACCAGCUGGCCUUGGAGGGCCCUCUUUCCAGGGUGAAAUCCUUAAAAAAGUCCCUUCGCCAGUCCUUCCGACGGAUGCGAAGGAGCAGGGUGUCUAACAGAAAGCGACGAACUGCGGAGGUCCAAGAGGGAAUUUCCAGGCAUGAUCACGAUGCAUUGCAGGAGAUAGAGCUAGCUCCUGUCCAGCGGAAGAUUGAAGCGCGGUCAGCAGAGGAUUCUUUCACUGGCUUCGUUCGCACCUUGUAUUUUGCCGACACCUUCUUAAGAGACAGUUCCCGGCACUGCCCCUCCUUAUGGGCAGGCACCAAUGGGGGCACGGUCUAUGCCUUCUGUCUGCGUGUUCCUCCAGCUGAGAGAAGAAUGGAUGAGCCUGUUCGAGCAGAGCAGGCCAAAGAGAUCCAGCUCAUGCACAGAGCUCCUGUCAUCGGGAUCGUUGUUCUGGAUGGCCAGAGCACUCCCCUUCCAGAGCCGCUGGAAGUAGCCCAUGACCUUUCCAAGAGCCCCAACAUGCAAGGGAGCCACCAGCUUCUCGUGGUGUCGGAAGAGCAGCUUAAGGUUUUCACGUUGCCCAAAGUCAGCGCCAAACUGAAACUGAAAUUGACGGCCCUGGAAGGCUGCCGGGUCCGGAAGGUGUCAGUGGCCAACUUUGCCAGCUGCAAGAGUGAGCACAGUGAGAAUGACCUGGCUGUUCUGACGAACCUGGGAGACAUCCAGAUUAUCUCCCUGCCUGCACUCAAGAUACAAGUGCGCUACCCCUGUAUCCGCAAGGAGGAUGUGAGUGGCAUUGCCUCCUGUGUCUUCACCAGAUACGGGCAAGGGUUCUAUCUCAUCUCCCCGUCAGAGUUUGAGAGGUUUUCACUUUCCCCAAAGUGGCUGGUUGAACCACGAUGCUUAGUAAAAGUACCUGAAAACACAGGCAACAGCCAUGUGCACAACACACCUGGUGUGGAGAAGGCUUCAAGGAUAUCAAAUAGCAAGGAAUCGGGAUGGAGUGCCGGUGAUCCGGGUGCAGAUGAGGGGACACAUGGCAGAUUGAUGGAGCAUGCCCUGCUCAAUGAUGAGAAAGUUCUAAAAGAGAUCCAAAGCACUCUGGAGGGUGGAAAAGGGAGUUUUAGUGACAGAAACUCAAGGAGAAUUCAAGUAGGACACAGACUAAGCAAUGGAGGAGCAGAAUGAUUGGGCUCCUGCAGUGUCUCCGUGAUGUCUGACGUUUGGAAAGAGUGCCAUAACACUACUGACUACAGGCCCACUGUCCACUGGAAGAGACAUCCACUGACCAUGGCCUUGGAUUCAAAUGCAGGGCUGAGUCUUGCCUGGCUACUCACCUGCUUGUCAUCCUCUUCACUGUGCCUCACCUGAAGCCCUCAUUUUCUCUUUGAGAUGCCAGCCUUGCACCGAGGCUGGAAUGAUUCCCUUGGCCUGUUUCCCUUCAUGCCUCUGGAUAUGUUUUUGCAAUUCUUCAAUUGUUUGCACAAUUUCUUUUUUUAAAAAAAAUUCUACUGGGAUGGGUUUUAAAUUAUAAAUAUUACUGCCUUGGGUGCAGAGAUUUUUUAAAAAAUAAAUACUGUUACCUCUGACUAAGAUUAUUUUUUGUACAUUUUUAAAAAAAAUCAUACUGGGUGUUUGUUCAAUAGAUAUAUUUUAGAAGAGUUCUUUUUUUAAAAAAAAUCUUGAAUGAAAUAAUAUAUGUCACUUUAGAUUCCUGUGGCUGCUGUAACUUUUUUCUUCUUCAAAUGAGAAAAUUGCAAGGGUUUUGUUUUUUUGUCAUGUUACUGUUAAGUAGUUUUGCAGACUCAGGUAGAUUAUUUUUGUAGCUGAUCAGAUCUGGAAAAAUUAAUCAAAUUUAACUUGAUUUGUGUGUGGACACUACAUUGAACUGUUGUGAAAUAAACCCAUACUUUUAACAUGCUUUUUAAUUUGA